AUGCUUGAUGGAACUUUAUGGAUAGAAUACAAUAGUACAUGUAGUGGAAAUAUAAGUACUACUGGUAUUAUAAAACUGGAAUAUUCUUUACCAAUAUUAAUACUUAGCAUAAUUGCUUUAAUAUUAAAUGGAUUAUGUAUUUCAAUAUUUUCAAGACAACACAGAAAAUCAGUUAUGAGAACAAGUUUACUUGUUUUGUCAGCUACUGAAGUACUGUUUCAUUUUUUUGUUUGUAUAGAAUAUACUACACAACUUAUAUGUUCAUUAAAUCCACGAAUGAUAAGUCCUACAGAAUUUAUAUUAUUUGCUCUUAUUAAUUGGGGUUCUGAUUGUUCUUUAUGCACACGUAAUUGGUGUAAUGUAUUAAUUACAUCAGCUCGUACAGAGGUAGUUGUUUAUCCAAUGCGUAAACGACGUAUACUUUCACAUUCUUCAAUAAAAUUUAUUUAUGGAUUUUUAUGGAUUCUAUCUGGAUUUCUUGCUAUUGUACGUGCAUUUUAUGAUUAUGCAAUUGUCUGUAAUUUAUCAAAUAAUCAAAUGAAUGAUUUAAUUAUACAAUCAAGUGAAACAUCAUUAUUAAAUACAAAUAACUUAGAUGCAUUCAAUGAUUUUAAUCAAAAAACAAAUACUGUAACAUAUAUUGAUGCUUUAUUAGAUCAAUAUAUCAUUAUUAACUAUGAAGCAUAUUGUUUUUUUAUAUUUCAAGUGAUUGCACCAACAUUAAUUGUUUUAAUCAUGUCAUUUAUUAUAUCAUUUUAUGUUUCACCAUGGCGUGAUACUAAAAUUAUUGAAGUAACUAAUGUACGUCGAAGACAUCAAAUGAAAGCUACAAGAACUAUAUUAUUUUUAGCUAUUUCAUUUUUAUGCUUUCAAACACCUAGUUUUAUUUUAGUUAUUAUACAACAUUAUACUAAUUUAAAAAUUGAAUUUCAAUUAGCUAAAUUAGUUGCUGAUUUAUUAUUAACAUUUGAUUCUAUUAUUAAUAUAAUGAUUUAUGCAAUUGGUUUACCAGGUUUUCGUGAUUAUUUAAAUCGAAUGUUUAUUUGUUUAUGUCCAUGGAAUAAUAUUAUUAAUAAUAAUAAUAUUAAUAUUGGUAACAAUAAUAAUAAUACUAGUAACCGUAUUCUAUUAAAUUCAGUUGCUAUGCCCCAAUCAGAAUUUCAUCCCAUCUCAUAUAAUAAUAAUAAUAAUAAUUCAAAAAUUACACAAUUAAAACCAACACAUUCAUUUAAUUGGAAUAAUUAUCGUCAUGGUAUUUAUAGUUCAUAUAGAGAUAAUUCUUUUCAACAUAAAGAUAAUCAUUCACAUUGUCAUUAUCAUUCAUUACAUGAUAAGAAACAAUGUCAAUAUACCAAUAAUAAUAAUAAUAAUAAUAAUAAUAAUAAUAAUAAUACUAUAGAUUGUAUUGAAAAUUCACAAUGUAAAAAUAUAAAUGAAGAUUCAUUGAGUAUUAGAGAAAGAGAAAUAUGUGAUGAUGAUAUAUAA